AUGUCGCACACUUCCCUCCAUCGCCAUAGCUCACUCCCCCUCAUCGCCUUAGCGCACUCCCCUCCCGUCGCCUUCGCGCACUCUCUCCCGUCGCUUUCUUGCACUCCCCUCCCUCGCCUUCGUGCACUCUCUCCCGUCGCCUUCGCGCACUCCCCUCCAAAGAGGAUGAUCACUCCCUCCCGUCGUCCACGCUUCCUUCCUGACGCACGAUCACGCUCCCUCCCCUCCCGUCGCCUUCGCGCGACGCCUCUUUUGCCCCUCUUCACUCUCUUCCGUUGCCCACGCUCACUCCCCUCCCGUCACCCACGCUCACUCCCCUCCCGUUGCCCACGCUCACUCCCCUCCCGUCGCCCACACUCACUCCCCUCCCGUCGCCCACGCUCACUCCCCUCCCAAUGGGGACUCCCCGUGCCAAGCACCACCCCUUCCUCCAGCUACGCCACACCUCACACUCUCGUCUCCCCAUCCCUCAUCUCCCCUUCCCUCAUCUCCCCUUCCCUCAUCUCCCCUUCCCUCAUCUCCCCUUCCCUCAUCUCCCCUUCCCUCAUCUCCCCAUUCCUCAUCUCCCCUUCCCUCGUCUCCCCAUCCCCCAUCUCCCCUUCCCUCACCUCCCCAUCCCUCAUCUCCCCAUCCCUCAUCUCCCCUUCCCUCGUCUCCCCAUCCCGACUCUCCCCUUCCCUCACCUCCCUGUACCUCAUUUCCCCAUCCCGCCUCUCCCCAUCCCUCAUCUUCCCAUCCCGCCUCUCCCCAUCCCUCAUCUCCCCUUCCCUCAUCUCCCCUUCCCUCAUCUCCCCUUCCCUCGUCUCCCCUUUCCUCAUCUCCCCUUCCCUCAUCUCCCCUUCCCUCAUCUCCCCUUCCCUCAUCUCCCCUUCCCUCGUCUCCCCUUUCCUCGUCUCCCCAUCCCUCAUCUCCCCUUCCCUCGUCUCCCCAUCCCCCAUCUCCCCUUCCCUCACCUCCCCAUCCCUCAUCCAUCCAUCCCUCAUCUCCCCAUCGCUCAUCCAUCCAUCGCUCAUCUCCCCAUGCCUCACCUCUCCAUCGCUCAUCAAUCCAUCCCUCAUAUCUCCCCAUCCCUCAUCUCCCCAAGGAGUCAUAUCUCCCCUGCCCUCAUCUCCCCAUGCCUCGCCUCCCCAUCCCUCAUCUCCCCCUCACUCCCUUUCUCCCGUCACUCACCCCGUUUGCCCCCUGCUCAAUCUCUUCUCUCCUUGUUUCGUCCCAAUUCCCCCCUGCUUUCUCUUAGUCACCCUUCUUUCAUUCAAGGUCGUCGCUGUUCACUCUCUUCCCUCCUUUCACUCACCCCAUUCCCCAUCCUCUCCUCUCCCCAUCCUCUCCUCUCCCCAUCCUCUCCUCUCCCCAUCCUCUCCUCUCCCCAUCCGAUCCUCUCCCCAUUCGAACCUCUCCCCAUCUGAUCCUGUCCCAGUAGAGGCGGACAUGGUGCUGCUGGAGUCCCUUCCGCCCUUCCUCCCAUCAUCACUUCCUCCCAUCAUCACUUCCUCCCUUCCUGCAUUCCUCCCUUCCGCCCUUCCCCCCCUUUUUCAUUCAUCCGUCCUUCCCUUCCAAU